AGAAGAAUAGAAAUGAAACCACAUGAAACACAGGAUCCAAACUUAUCUGAAUAGUAGUAGCCUAAAGAAAGAAACUCUAAAGACACUGACGUUUGACAAGAUCACCGGAAACACACCAUAGUACCAGCUCUCUGUGGAAAUUUCUCGCUGAAACCUGGGGCAGGAUAAACACGGCAGAGGGAGACAGGCAGUCGCUUUGCCUUUCCAAGCUAGUGUAUCUAUCUCUUAGCUUCGGACUACACCCGGUAUCACUGAUUUUUUCGACGGGCAGAGAAGCUGCAGAAUUGCGGAAUUGCAAAAGGGUUCUAAUGACAUCUGGAACGGCGGUGGAGUUGGUCACGCCUGCUGCGCUCGUAGAGUAGCUAGCCAACUAGCCACCGCUGUAACUUCUUUUUUUUCCAGUAGCGUCGUUGCUAGCAAUGGAUGCGCUGUGGAUGGUCCUGCUGCUGGUGGUCCCAGCACUACUAUGGACCAGCAGCACGUUUGUUUUUUAUUUUAAAAAGUGUUUCUACGUGGCUUAUAUGAUGAUACUGGCUGUUAUAGCAAUACCACUCAGCAUUCUGAAAAGCGGUGGUAGGGAUAUUGAAAACAUGAGGAUCAUUCGCUCCCUGGUCCGUCAUGUGAAGUACUUCCUGGGUCUGCGCUUUGAGGUGAGCGGCUGGGAGCACCUGCAGACAGAGGGGCCCUACGUCAUCAUUUCCAACCACCAGAGUUCCCUGGACGUGCUGGGUAUGAUGGAGGUCCUGCCCGACCGCUGCUCCAUGAUCGCCAAGAAGGAGUUGAUCUAUGCCGGCACAGUGGGCCUGGUGUGCUGGCUGGGCGGCAUCGUCUUCAUCAACCGCAAAAAGACCAGUGAUGCCAAGAGCGUUAUGGCUGAUGCUGCCAAAACCAUGAUGGAUGAGAAGAUUCGCCUGUGGGUGUUUCCUGAGGGGACGAGGAACCAGAAGGGAGACCUGCUGCCUUUCAAGAAGGGAGCGUUCCACCUGGCUGUUCAAGCACAGGCCCCCAUCAUACCGAUCGUGUUCUCUUCCUACAGCAACUUCUACCUGCGGAAGGAAAAGGAGUUCAAGUCAGGCACUAUCACUUUGAAGAUCCUGCCCAAGAUCGAGACCAAGGGACUUACCACGGGCGAUGUGUCAACUCUGACCGACCAGUCAUACGCCCUCAUGCACUCUGCCUUCCUCGAGAUCUCUGGCCCUAGGAAGCAGAGCAACGGGCCGUCCAGUCACUGAACAUUGCGCUGCCCCCAAGCCCUCUGACCCCUCUCCCUCCCCCCUCUCUUCCCUCACCCCCUCCCCCCGUUCCAUCUGCCUACCUGUCACCCUGGCAACGCCAAGAACCUCUGCAGUGACUCAUGACUCCAUGUGACAGUAAUGACUGUAACCAAAAUUGCUUUCAAUGUCCUAUCUUUUGGUCUUCUUGACGCAGGAUCGUACGCACAGUGUCACACACACACCCUCUCACACACACACACACACACACACACACACACACACACACACACACACACACACACACACACACACACACACACACACACACACACCCUCGUACAGAUAAAUAACUUAAGCCUCUCUAUCCUGUUGCUUCAUGGACUCAUGAAUAUGGGAGGGGAGGUGAAGGGGUUGAGAUGAUGUCACUUCCCACAUGGAAGGGGGAGGAAUGGGGGGCCGGCCCAGCGGUGACCCCUGGCCUCUAAAAACGUUCUGCUUCCUGGUCCGACUAGGCCCUGCCGCAGAGCGAGGUCCAGGAGCCCCCGUGGGAUCGUGGGAGUUGGCGGACGACACCCCUGCACUGCAUGCCUUCCUCUGCCAUGCCGCCUUCUGCCCAGUGCUCUGCUUCAGCAGUUUAUUUUGUGUAUGUUUUUUUAUUAUUAUUGUUUAGUUUCACAUUUUUCUUUCUUUUUGCUUUUUUGUUGUUGUUAUUGUGCUUUGGCCAAUUUGCUCACAUCUCCUAUAGAUGAAGCACCAACUGUCUGAGAUCCAGCCUCCGCCUUACAGUUAUGAGCACACAUACACACACACACACACACCCCCCUACACACACUUACAUACAAAACACGUACUCAUACGCAUACAAAGAGGAAAGGCUUCCAAGUUUGAUGUGUGAGUGGAAAACACGUGCACACACACACAC